GUGGACCGCAGAUACGCUAGGCCCGGGACGUUUAACUCGGGGGUGCGGAGAAACCACUGGGGGGUCCCGCCGGCUCCUGGGCUGGAACAAGAGUUUAAAAGAAAACGAACUUGGCUGCAUAAACAACCCACCUGGGAACAAUCCGUUAUUUACUGGUCUGAAUAGGAAAGGUGAGAGGGUUUCCCCAAUUGGAUGGUAGAAAAGAUGUUUGAUAUCAAAGCGUGGGCUGAAUAUGUUGUGGAAUGGGCUGCGAAGGACCCAUAUGGCUUUCUUACCACUGUGAUCUUGGCCCUUACACCAUUGUUCCUAGCAAGUGCAGUGCUAUCAUGGAAACUGGCAAAAAUGAUUGAGGCCAGGGAGCGAGAGCAAAAGAAGAAACAGAAACGCCAGGAAAAUAUUGCAAAAGCCAAACGAACAAAGAGGGAUUAAGCGAGGCAAAAUGCCUUCCUUGUGCAAAAAAGUGCUUUUGUUGAAGCAUUCUUGUACACUUAUAUCUUUGUGUGGUGUUGUCUUCCUCCAACAAUCUUCUUGAACUGACAUUUCAACCCCUGAAAUUAUUCAUGUUCUGCUUAAACAAUUUGUGUUGAUAUCUCUGUCUAAUCUGCAAUGGCAUUUGAUGUGUAUAUUUCAACCAGAUAUCACUUUCCAAUGAGUUUACUUUUGUAUGUUUACGUGCCAUACACUAAAAUGAAUGGAUUGGCGGCGUGGGGGGGUUGUUUUUUUUUAAAUUGGAACUGCUUUAGCAAUUGUUCAAACAUGUCAAUAUUAAAUUAUGGAAGAAAAAAUUAAAAUAUCUGACUUUCUAAAAAUACUGCAGUCAUUGGUUUUCUAGAAGCUUAGGAACUUUGUUUUUAUACAGCCUUUUUUUCUACUGUUGAUUUGUCUUCAUUAUAGUACUUUUUUUUUUUUUUUUUUUCCUUCCUGGUUUCAACUUGGCCCUGGAAUAGCAGUCCUUGUUUCUGCAGCAGUUGUCAGCUUUGUGUUCUCAGGAGUUUGUUUUAUUAUAUGAACAGUGUUAGUAUUUCAUAUUAACUCAACUAAAUUCUUCAUGAGUGGCUCUCAAAAUCUGCUUCCUGGACUAUCAGUAGCCCACUGAGCCUUGUUUGGAUAGUUCACAGAAGGAAACUUUUUACAACCAAGCAGCAGGCAAAUGACUUCAUUUUCACAAUAUCCCAAUGUGAACAGCUCUUGCCUACAAUAUACUUCACAAAAUGAAUGUAGAGAUCCAUUUGGCAAAUAACUAAAUAUCAUUCUAGCUUUAGGUGAUGACAACAGUAACUCUAGAGCAGCAGAGGAACUGCUUUGGAUAUUACCAGCUUUGAAAGGAUGGCUUAAUAAAAAGAAACAAAAGCUGCAUAUGAUUCUAGUGCUGUAAACAUUGCAAAGUUAGUUGGAGCUAAGGCUAACAGAUUUAAUUUAUUCUGAUUUUUCUGUCCAAAGAAUAAUAGUAAAAGUGAAAAAUGUGUAGUUUAAUGUGCUUUAGCAAAUCUUAAUUUUUAUUACUACUAUAGUUCCAAUAGGUCUGAUCCUGUAGUAGCAAUCAAGUUUUAGGCCCUGUUCCAAUAACAUGUCUCUUAACCAGAGCGAAUAGAGUUGUGGUUUGUCAUACUGGAUUCUCAUGCCUAGCUCUUCACUUCGUAUGUAAAGGAUAAACCCUUAUGAAAGCAGAUGCUCUAUAUUAUUGAAAGGAGGAAGUGAAUAGGAGAUGAUACAUACCAAUACAAAUAAACAGGAAGUUUUGUUAAAUCAAUCUUGGGGCUUGUCUACACUGGCAAUUUACAGCGCUGCAACUUUCUUGUGCGGGGGUGUGAAAAAACAACCCCCUGAGCGCAGCAAGUUUCAGUGCUGUAAAGCGCCAAUGUAGACAGUGCACAAGCACUGGGAGCCAUGCCCCUCGUAGAGGUGGGUUGUUUAAAAAAAAAAAGAAAAAAAAAAAGCGCUGGGAGAGCUCUCUCAGCACUGCGCCGUGACCACAUACAAGGCACGUUAACAGUUGCCAGUGUAGACUAGCCCUUAGGUAAGAGUUAGAUGUGAAACAUUGAGGUGUAAUAGUUGGCUUUCUUCUGAGUAUUGCUCAAGACAAGUAUUGUUAGAAUGUAAAGCGUCUUCUCACUUUUUUAUGAUCUACUGGAUUAAGUCUUCAGUGUUUGUCUUCAAUAGGGUUACACCUUGAUAUUUAUACAGUUUUGAUAGUUUUAAAAUGGAACAGACUCAAAACUAACUACAUUACAUAAAUAAAUUUGAUAC